CAGACUGUUUAACACGCAAUCAACCAACGAAGCUCUAAAAGUAUUUCCUGGAGACUCUGCUGUCGAGUUCGCGUUUCGACGAAUUCCCAAAACAACGCUUCCGGAAGAGCUGCCUAAGCGUAGGUCGGAUCGGCCAUGGCGACCAACCUGUGCGCCGAGUGCGGCAUAAAGCUGUCGCGGCCCGAGUAUCAGAAGCACAUGCAGGAGGUGCACGGCGUCUCCAUCCAGCACGACAGCGACGACGAGCGCGAUAAGGAGGCCCCGGCCGCCGGCGAGGACGGCGCCGAUGCCAAGCCGCAGCGCCAGCGCCGCCGUGGCGGCAACAAGGAGGGCGCCGCCGAGGGCGCGGAGGGUGCCGAGGAGGGCGCCGCCGGCGAGGACGGCGCCCGGCCUCCGCGCGAGCGUCGGCGCCGCGGUGGGCGCAAGCCCGCCGGUGAGGGUGCAGAUGGCGAGGCUCCCGCUGGCGACUUCGCCUGCGGCGACUGCGACCGCACCUUCGCCAGCCAGCAGGGCCUGAGGCGCCACCUGCAGGCCAAGCACCCUGAGUCUGAGGCGACGGCCGCUGCGGUGGCCGCCGCGGCAGCCGAGGCCCCGGCGGCCGGCGCGCGCCGUGGUGGCCGCGGCCGUGGCCGCGGCACCAAGGCCGAGGCCGGUGAGGGCGCCGCGGAUGGCGCGGCAGCUGACGGCGCGGAGGGUGCCAAGCCCGCGGCGGGUGGUCGCAGCCGUGGCCGUGGCGGCCGCACCGGCCGCGGCCGCGGCGCCGCCGCUGCCCCCGUGCCGGACGACCCCACCGCCGCCGCUGCAAUGGCUGCGGCUGCGGCCAAGGCGGCGAUUGGCGGCGCGGCCGCUGAGCCCGCGGCGGAGCGUCAGGUGACGCUGUUCCGCUGCAAGCAGUGCGAGCAGGGCUUCAAGAGCCGCAAUCGCGCCCGCGAGCACGUUAUUGAGGCACACGCCGCCGACGUGCCCGCGGAGGCCCCUGCCGAGGCGCCGGGCGUCAAGCCGCCGCCGCCGGAGGGCGUGGAGCUGCCGCCGGGCCGCCGCGCGCCGGCGCCGGUGGUGCCCGUGCCCGCUGACGCCCUGCUGGAGGUCGCGGAGGUGACCACCAAGCGCGCGCCCCGCGCGUCGCGCCGGCGGAAGCCGCGCACGGCCAACGGCGACGAGCCGUCAGGCGAUGCGGCGGAGGGCGAGGAGGGCGCCGCGGAGGGCGGCCGCGCGCGCGGCGGUCGCCGCGGUGGUCGCGGCGGCGACGCCGCGGCUCCGGCUGCCGGUGGUGACGCGGCCGCUGCCUCCGGUGAUGCGCCCGCGCCUGCUGGCGGCGCCAAGCGCAGUGGCGCGCCCACGGACGAGCUGGCGGCUCUGGGCAUCACCGCGAGCUAAGCAGUGCGGUCCCCAACUGCACUUGCCGGGACACUGGAGCUGACUGACGCGUGCAGCUGUUCACUUGGCCGCCGGCGAUUGCCUGGUGGCGGCGAGGAGCAGCGACGGAGCCCGUGGAUGGCUUGUCGGGAGCCGGCGCAGCAGUAGCGGCAGUGCAAAUGGCGGUGCUGGGGUCAAGCACAAGGAAGCGUGUUGGGGCACAUAUAGUGGCCACGACGGGGCACGGCAGCGGCGCAAGCCGUGGGGGCGCGACCGGCUGACACCGGGCCAUGCACUACGGUAGGGGUUGCUGCUGCUGAUGCGCAGUAGCAAUAGCCACGCCAGCGGCAGCAGCAGCAGCACUGCCGUGGUGCCAUCCCUGGGUCGGCAGGCACGCCCGGACGUGACCCGCAGCCUUGCUUCCGGAAGUGCAGCAUGCAGAAGUUGAGUGAGAGAGGCGAGAGAAAGCGUUGCAUGGGCCCUUUGCGGGUGCGCCACCUGUGCCACGGCUUGGCCGGUCGCAUGGCGCUCCUGCUCACUUCCAGUUUGCAUCACAGGGCUGCUUGCCGGCCAUGGCGGGACUGGCGGCGUAGGUGCGUCUGUAGACAGCCGGAGCCAGGACCACACAGGCGGGGAUGCCCUGGAGCCAAGAGGGGGGCUGCGGGGAUGGAUGCAUUGUCGCAGCAGUCAGUGUUGCCGGUGUGGUCACCCUAAGCCUAGCAGAGCCUGCAACGAGUGGGCACGUGGGGCAUGCGGUGCGCGCACGCUGGCAGGCGUGAGAGGAUCGGACAAGUGGCGGCGUGCUGCGCACACCAGCUGCGCGUAUGACAAGCGGUUUUGAGAUGGGCGGGACUUGAGCUGUGGCAGUGGGAAGGCUGCGGCACCUGCCGGCAUUCUGGCACUGCGCAAUGGCGUUGCGGCCGAAGGUUCGGACGAUUACCGGUACAUGAGGAGUUGGCGUUGCAUGGAGGUCAGUGUGUGGGAGAGUGUGCGGUAGGGAAGUAGGGCCUACUGGCAUCGGCGCGUUCAGUGAACAUGUGUGGUGGCUGGCCACAUGCAAUUGGCGGUAGGGAUGCUCGCGAAGUGGCUUGGCACGGCGCGCGAAGAGGACAGGUCACAAGCGCGACAGGAAGGCCGUGCGUGGGUAACCUGAAUACAGCUGAGCAUCCCGCCAUCUCCGACUCCGGAAUGAUGUAAAGUUCACGCACC